AUGCCACCUGCAACACCCCCCGCAUCCGACUCUUCAAGCUCAGGCGGAGCUCCCCCCGGCGCAGUCAACAUCGCUUCGCUUUCCGUGCCGCAGCUCCGCGCCCUCCAGACCCGCCUGACGUCCGAACUCGAGCACCUCACCUCGUCGCACCAGAAGCUGCGCGCCGCGCAGUCCCGGUUCCGGGACUGUGUGCGGUCAAUCAAUGACGGCGUCGUGGGGUCGAAGAAGAAGGGGACCGAUGGGAAGGAUGAUAUCUUGGUGCCGUUGACGAGCUCCCUGUAUGUCCGCGGUAAGCUUGCGGAUCGGGAGAAGGUGCUUGUUGAUGUUGGGACGGGGUUCUAUGUUGAGAAGACGGCGCCCAAGGCUAUUGAGUUCUACGAGGAGAAGGUCAAGAGUCUGGAUAUCAACUGUGUUGAGCUGGAGAAGAUCGUACAGACCAAGAGUGCCCAGUUGAGGCUCUUCGAGGAUGCUCUGAGACAAAAGAUGCUAAGCGGAGAGACUGCGGGUGCAGGCGCUGGCUAA